GCUCAACGCGGUGCCCGGAAGCGUCCGACUGGGCAGGACGGCUGAUGGAGAAAGGUUCCGGGGCAGGUUUAGUUCCGGGGGCUCCUCCGCAUGAACCGCGGCCGCUGCCGCCGCCUCGGCUGCGACGAUGAUCCCGAUCCCGGUGGUGGUGUGCGUGCUGGGGGGCUGGUGCGCCGUCUACCUGGUGGAUACGCUGCUCAAGUCAUCCAACUCUCUGAAGGCAUCUUAUGAAGACUGGCUGCUGACAUAUGGCUUGAGCAUCUCUCCUUUUCACAUGCGAUGGCAAACAGCUCUCUUCAACCGCCAGUUCUACAACUGGGGGAGAUGGAAACCCAGAUUUCUGUAUUUAUGGUUCAGCAUAGGAAUGGUGUUUGGUAUAGUUGCCAUGUUUGGCUCUGUUAUUCUUCUCGGAAAGACACUGAUGCAAACGCUGACACAGAUGCUCACCGAGGCACCGAAAGCCCAGAAUGAUCGUAUGCUGCAAGUUGUGGUGCCUGGGGUAAAUUUGCCUGUCAGCCAGCUGACUUAUUUCUUCUCUGCAAUCCUCAUCAGUGGUGUGAUACAUGAAGUCGGCCACGGGGUGGCAGCUAUUCGAGAACAAGUACGAUUUAAUGGAUUUGGGAUUUUUAUCUUCAUUGUCUAUCCUGGAGCAUUUGUUGACCUCUUUACAACCCACUUGCAACUGAUAUCUCCAGUCCAACAAUUAAGGAUAUUUUGUGCAGGAGUGUGGCAUAAUUUUGUUCUUGGUGUUGCAAGUUUCAUGGGUUUGUUUCUGCUGCCAGCCAUUCUUUUCCCUUUCUAUUACACGGGUGUUGGGGCACUCGUCACUGAGGUCGCAGAGGAUUCUCCUGCCAAUGGACCAAGAGGUCUUUUUGUGGGAGACCUUGUCACUAACCUACAAGACUGCCCAGUUUAUAAUGUGGAAGACUGGAAUUCCUGUCUGGGAGACAUUUCAGAGAAGUCACAGGUUGGCUACUGUGUAAGUGCAGCCAACCUACAGCAAUUAAGUUUUCCAGCUAGAGUCUAUAGAAGACUCGAUGGCACAGUUGAAUGUUGUAGUAACAACAGCCUCACAGAUAUCUGCUUUUCAUAUAGCAAUAACAUGGACAACCACCUGUAUGCCUGUCUGCCAGCACGAAAAGUUAUUGAGGCCAGCAAAGUUUGUCGGACCAACAUGGACUGCCAGAAGGAAUUUAUUCCAAGCUUUUGUGUGACUCCUUCUUUAGAGAACCAAACAAGGCUAAUCCGGGUAAAACAUCCACCCCAUAUUGACAUGCUGUAUGUAGGACACCCCAUGCAUCUUCAGUACACAGUAAGUCUCAGCAGUUUUGUACCACGACAAAACUUUCUAAGCAUUGAUCUGCCUGUGGUGAUAGAGACAUUCUGCAAGUACCUAAUUUCACUGUCAGGAGCACUGGCAGUUAUCAAUGCUGUACCCUGCUUUGCUUUGGAUGGUCAGUGGAUAUUAAAUUCAUUCCUGGAAGCCACUCUGAGCUCCCUGGUUGUAGAAAAACAAAACAGAGAGCUUGUUGGCUUUUUAAUUUUACUUGCUGGUAGUGCACUUUUGGCUGCCAAUGUUGCACUAGGACUUUGGAUGGUGACAGCACGAUAGAACAUUGGAUAUACUUCUAUCAGUUCUCAAAGUACACAGAAAUAAUGAAUCCAUUGCCUUUUAAAACUUAUUCAGUACUGAGAUUGAAAUAAUUCCCUUAAAAUGACACUGAAAGAAAAAUCACUAGUGGCUGCUGUUUUAAUUUAAAACUGUACAACAUUGUGCCUGUAGUCAUGGGAAAUCUAAUAGAAGUAGGAACGUUUUUAUAUACUCUUUAAGCACUGUACUGAUUUUGGAGAAAUUGCAUUGUAAAGUUUCACAGGAAAAAACCUAAGACCUCAUUAAUUUAGAUCUUAAAAUAAUGGAAUUAUUUGGCCUCAAACAUUUGUAAAAUGGGAGAAAAAAAAACACUUAGCUUUUAUUUUAUAAUUUGAAUAACUGUCAUAAAAUCUGUGUGGGCUUUGAUCAUUUCUCAGUCAGCAUAGUCUUGAGUGUCUUGUUUUGUUUAUUUAAUCUGGUAUUCUACCAAACUGGGCUCUAAGAAGCCCUAAAGUCUGAUCUCAGAAUGGUGAAAUGCUAAGUAAAUGCUUACCGCGUGUUAAUGAGGAGAGAGAGGCCAUAUGGGUUAGUAUCUUUCCUUUUCAGCUGGCCAAUAUGACUGGAAGCUUGUCCUCAGGAUGUAGAUGAGAAGUGCCAAUGUCUGUUAAGAAUGAGGCAUGUGGGAGGAUAACAAAGCCCACAUGUCUGUGUUUCUUACACACUGAGUUGUAUAUUAUCAUACUCAGCUGAAGACUUUUUAAAGGCAAUAUUUGUCAGCAAUAGCUACAAAAUAACUGAAAUUUAGUUUCUGAGUGCUGAAGUAUGCUGUGUACAAUUAUUCCUUAAUGAUAAGUAAUGUUUGUGUUGUUUUACUCAGAAAAUACUAUAUUAUACCUGUUUACAGUUAAAAGUGAAAUCUGUUGUUUUUAUGGUGUCUCUCUUUUGAUGCUAUGCAUGUAAUAUGUACAGUAACUCGCUGAUGGUUUUCUGUCUUUCUAAGCAUUGUUUUCCUUUGCUAGGAUUCAUUCUAUUCAAAGAUAGCUAACAAAGAUGUUUAGAUGAAGUUGGUCUUGAAUCAGAAUUGUUUAGAGGAAGAAUAUGAUUGUGAAUUGAACUAUUUAAACAUUUGGCUUUGCUUUCUGAAAUGAAUACAGACCAUAUCCUUGUUCUUAAAUGAGCAGUGGAAGAACAGUCAGUGUUUUGCUGACUGAAGUAUAUCUGACAUACUUUGAAGCUCUAAGUCUGUAAUAUUUUGUAUGCAUUAAGAUUAUAUAUUGACUGUCACGUCCACCUGUGAAAUAUUGCCCAGUUUACAUAAAAUAUUGCCUAGUUUAUAUAAAUCAGAUUCCAUCAGAGACUCAGUAUAGGCUGAUACUCAAAAAAAAAACAAAAAAAAACAAAACAAAAAACCAAACAAACAAACAAAAAAAAAAAAAAAAACCCAAACAAACCCCAAAAAAACCCCUUCUGGUUUGACAGUCUAAAUAUUUGAAACAGGAAAAUUUUGAAAAAUACCCUGCAACUUCUGGCCUGUGCAGGGCUCCCCACAGGAGCUGCUGCAGCUCAAGAGUUCCUUUACAGAAAUGGCCUUUCCAUCAGGAGCUGAAGUGGAAGCUAAGCUCAUGGAUACUGGCCUUCAGGGAGUAUGGAAGCAUUAAUGACCAGCUAACAUAGAUUCUCUUGGCAGUAGAGGUAAAAGCCUGGGUAAUUUUAAAAGUGGGGUUGAGCCCAAAAUCUGGUGCUAUUUCAUGGAUUCGUAACUAUGAUGUUUGCAUUUGCCUGCUGAUUUGUUACUGUAUUUUUGCACAGUAGCCUUCACACUUACUGAAGAUGUAUUCUUUUUUUAAGAUGACGCAGGCAGUAAUGAGAGAGCGUGUUUGUUUAUUUGUUGUUGUGUUAGUUUACUUACCCC